AUGGGUGAUACGAAUGGACAAGUGGUAGCUGGUGGUCAUGGCCCAGGAAAUCAAUUGAAUCAACUGUAUGGUCCAACCGAUAUGUUUAUCGAUAAAGGGACGGAUAGUCUCAUUAUUUGUGAUCGAGACAAUCAACGAGUCGUACGAUGGUCUCGUCGUAGUGGCACAACUCAAGGAGAAAUUCUCCUAAGCGAUAUCACUUGUUGGGGAUUGACCAUGGAUGAUCAGAGAUAUCUCUACAUCUCUGACGAAAAAAAGUAUGAAGUAAGACGAUAUCAAAUAGGAGAUAAGAAUGGAACUCUCGUUGCUGGUGGUAAUGGCUACGGUGUUGCUCUCAAUCAACUCAGCUGGCCGACUCACAUCUUUGUCGAUCAAGAUCAGGCUGUUUACGUGUCAGACAACUGGAAUCAUCGUGUUAUGAAAUGGAAUAAAGGUGCGACAGAAGGAAUUAUCGUCGCUGGGGGUCGAGGUCAAGGAACUGCUCUGACACAAUUGUCGGUUCCUCGAGGACUAUACGUCGAUAUAUUGGGUACCAUCUAUGUGGCAGAAUGGGGGAAUAAUAGAGUAAUGCGUUGGCCUCAAGGAGCAAAGCAUGGCAGUGUCAUUGUGGGUGAAAAUGGUCAGUUGGGUUUUCCCGAGGGUUUGUUCUUCGAUCGUCAUGGCAAUCUCUAUGUCGCCAAUGAAGGAAAUCAUUGUGUUCAACGAUUUUCAAUCGAAUAG